ACGCCCACACAGGAAGUAGCUUGCUAUUAUUUCUCGGUUCGGUGCGGUGCCGGUGUUUGUAUCUCCUGUUCGACGAGCAAGUUUUAUCUGCAGUUUUUUCCUCAACGCCUAAGAUAUAAACAUGGCUACUGAGAAGUGUUUUGCUAAAGGAAGCGCCGCCCCUGGUCCAGUGCCAAAAGGUCAUAUCAGACUCUACAGCAUGAGAUUCUGUCCCUUUGCCCAAAGGACCAGACUCGUGCUCAACGCCAAAGGAAUCAAAUAUGACACCAUCAACAUCAACCUGAAGGACAAACCUGAUUGGUACUUUGAGAAAAAUCCUCUCGGCCUUGUCCCAGCACUGGAGACAACAGCUGGCCAGCUCAUAUAUGAGUCCCCGAUCACAUGCGAGUAUCUGGAUGAAGUUUACUCUGAGAAGAAGCUGCUUCCUUCAGAUCCCUUCGAGAAGGCUCAACAAAAGAUGAUGCUGGAGCAGUUCUCCAAAAUAACACCAUACUUCUACAAGAUCCCAACGGGUAAAAGGAAUGGCGAGGAUGUAUCAGGACUGGUAGCUGAACUGAAACAGAAAUUUUCCAACUUAAACGAGGACCUGGUUAAUAAGAAAACCAAAUACUUUGCUGGUGAUUCUAUCACAAUGAUUGAUUACAUGAUGUGGCCAUGGUUUGAGAGACUGGAGAUAUUUGAACUGCAGCACUGCCUGGAUGAAACGCCAGAGCUUAAGAAGUGGACAGAGCGCAUGCUGGAGGACCCUACCGUCAAAGCAACCAUGCACAGCAUGGACACUUACAAGGCCUUCUACAAAACUUACAUCGAAGGGAAACCCAAUUAUGACUAUGGCCUGUAGAUAAGCCAGCUGAACCUUUGACCCGUCCAGUUUUAUUUUGUAUUCAUGUCCUCUACCAAGCUCAUUGUGGAAUCAAAGGUCUAAUUUUAAGCUCAUGUAUGAAAAACACAUUUCUAUACAAAAAAAAAAAAAAUAGUAUUACUCUUUUGGUGAUGGGCUUAAUAGAAAGUAUUUGUUUAUGGGACUUUGUUGAAUCAGUAUUUUAACACUGGGGGGAAAUCAUUCGGUUACAGUGCCUGAAAAGAGGUAAUCAUGUGAUUCAAGGUUAAUAGUUAAUGCCCCAUGAUUUUUAUAGGUGCAUGAAAAGAACAUGCUGUUCCUUUGUGUAAUAAAACUGGUACAUGUUAAGUCUC